AAAAAAUCUUUGUGUCGUCAGACGACUGUGCUCGAACAUUUUGUAUUUCGAAAAUAAAGAGUAUUUCUCAUUCUUCUUCAGAGGUUUUCCAUGAGACGGUACGCGAGGAAACGCAGAAGUGACGGCCGUGCGGAUAGUGGGGACAGUGGCGUGUGUGAAGCGCAAGCGUCGACAAAAGACUCAGAAGAGAGUCAGUCGUUCACGAACCACCGGCAACGAUGAACCUAAACAACAAUCAAGAAGGAAUUUUGAAUCCAGCGGGGAUUCGGGUGGAUCCGAACCAGCCACCACCUCCGGGCGUUGAGGCGCAACCUCAAUGUCCCGGAGGUGUAAGUGUGCGGCUGAGGCCCCCGGUCCCGCUACAGCAGCCGGGGGUGGCGUGGGGGGUCAACCCAAAUCCCCCACGUCCGGGAUACCAUUGGGGCAACGCGCCGCCCCAGUGGUAUGGAUGGCGGCAGGAGCCUCAACAGCCCCUAACGCCGAUUCCGGAACUCUACGGCGAGCGACAGGGGCUGUUGAUGGCGGCCGCUGUUCAGCCGCCACCGCCGCCACUCCAGUCCCCGAUGAUGCUGUUCCGCCGCCCUCUCCUGCUGCCUCUCGGUGGCGAGGCCUGCUCGCGCGGCUAG